AUGCGCAUUUUCUUUAUCCGCUCCAUAUAUCAAUGUUUGAGCGACCAGGGUGGCCUUCAGAGUGCAGAGGCUGCGGAUAUUGAGUUCGACAGUGACCAGAUCAACUGUGUUUGGUUCGACCUUUUUCGCAAGCUCCAUACGCACUUGAAGCAUGAUGACAUCAACGCUGUCUAUAAUCCUUUGCUCUUCUCUCAUGUCAAUGUGUUUGGAGGGCGUGUCAUGAAGACCUUUGGAAGACAGAAAGCCGUCUGGGAGAAGUAG